AUGGACGACACAUUUGAAUCAGAAUCCGUCCUCUCGCCUGCGAGAGCCUCAUCGCCAUCUCCAUCAAUCCCAGCGACGCCUGCAAUCUCUUCAUGCCCGUCUCCUGGUCGUACUUUCUCCACCGUCUCGUCGCUGUCGGCUUCCUCCGCCACGUCCGCUGAUGCCAGAUCGACCAUUUCCACAUCGUCAAGACGACAUGGCUACAUUCGACCCCAGGGCGCCGAAUUCGCCGAGUCGGCCAAACACCGCGAGAGUGUCAUGAGUUUGGGGAGCAUUGCCCACCUGCAGUACUAUUUCGCGCGGACGGGUCUGCUAGAGGGCAAAGGUGGCAAUGCUCGGGAAUGGAGAAAGAAGAAGAAGAACCCCGAGGAAGUCCCGCGACUUCUCCUGACACCGAAUGCGCGGUUCAUUGAUGAUCUAAUGGAAAGUCCGACGACGGAGGACGGGUUCUCGGACGCUGUGGACGACGACUAUGAGGAUGAGAUGAUGCUUCCCCCGACAGUGAGCACGUACAGCGUCAAGACACACCAUAUCCCACCACCCCCCGAUGUGCUCGCGUUACGGAGGGACCUGGUCAGCGCGCUGAACAAGGCCAAGAAAAACAUCGAGGAUCUCGGGAACCAGAAAGACGCACCCCCGGAAAUGAUCACACCGCGGAUCAGGGUCUCUCACGAUGUCGUCUCGGACUGUGGGGACGAUUCACCCGCCCGGCCAACAACGGCUCAUGCGCCGCAAGGGUGGCAUGAGAUCCAAGGCAUGCGUAUUUUGGAUGCGGUUACACUGGCGAUCCGAGCGGCCAAGGUGUAUUAUACGGCUCAUGAACGCCCGGAGAGAUUGGUGUCCAUCAAAUCCGAGAAAGAGAUACGCCAAGAACUGCUAAACGUGCUUGAGGUUCUGAAGCGCUGGGCUGCCCGGAAUUUCUCUGAGGGGCUCCGCGAGGACGAGCGAUCGACGAUAGUGACUUGGAUGUCGGGGGUCCGCCAGAUGCUCAUCAAGGAAGAAGAGUUCGAGGCGCUCGAAGCGAAAGAGCGCAAAGGAUGGGAAUGGGCGAGCGGAGACUGGGAUGGCAGGGAGCGCGAGCGCGAAGAGUUGUUUCUACGCAGCUUGAUGGAUGCCGAUGCGGACCUGCCAAGCUGGACUCCCACAGACGAUACCGCGUUACCAACACCCUUCCUUGAGCGGCUGCAAGAUGGCCGAGACCUGGUUCGGAUCCAUAAUCAGGCGGUCAAGAAGUCAAAGCGACCAUUUGGCGAGAUCAAAUCAUUUCAUCAGGAUGUUGCGAAACCGUACCGUCGCGCGGAGAAUCUUCGCUUCUGGCGCAAGGCUGCGGAGAUCCGGUGGGAAACGAAGAUCGAGAUGGACGUAAUGGGUGUUGUUCAUGGCGGCAGCGAUGAAGCUUGGAGAAAAUUCGAUGCAGCGCUGUUAUCAUGGUGUCAUGCCGUGCGGGAGGAACUGAUGCGCGACUGGCAGAGACCGCAGACGCCAUCUGCUGCUGCACGUCCCAAGAGUGACAGUCUAGGAGAAGUUGAUUCUGUAUAA